CUUCCUAAUACGACUAUUCAACGGGCCUCCGUUUUCCUUCCUUCCGGGUCGGUCUUUCUUUCUUUUUUCACACGCUCCAAAAUUCCGGAAAAAGAUAUUUUUUUUUUAAAAAAAAAAAACGCUCCCAAAACACACCGACGAAUUCCUUUUAUUUCCCAUUUUUCCAGCUAAGUCAAAAAAGAAGAAAAGAAAGCGUUUUCUUCUUCUCAGCUUCUUCAAAACCUUCCUUUCUACAUCAGAUCUGGUUUUUAUUUAACCCACCUGGGUCAGCUUAGGAAUCGUUCAUAUUUUUAGACUUUUGACAGAAAAAGGGUCCUCGGAGAUGUCGACGACGCCUAUUACAACCUCGUACUGGUGUUACCGUUGUACCAGAUUUGUUCGGGUUUGGGCGGAGCAUAACGUAGUUUGUCCUCACUGCGAUAGUGGCUUCAUUGAAGCUUUGGACUCUAGCCCGCCUUCCCCUUCGCCGGAGUUUCCUCGGAGAUCUGAGAACGUUAAUAUUGGGUUCCGUCGGAGUCGCCGGAAUCGUGGCGACCGGUCGCCCUUCAACCCGGUUAUUGUUUUGAGAGGUCAAGCUGAAGGAGCUGUGGAAGAUGGUGAUGGCGGAGGAGGAGGAGUAGGAGGUGGUGAAAGGAGUUACGAGCUUUACUACGACGACGGGUCCGGGUCGGGUCUCCGGCCGUUACCUUCUAGUAUGUCGGAGUUUCUGAUGGGUUCUGGAUUUGACAGAUUAUUGGACCAGCUUUCGCAGAUCGAAGUCAACGGAUUGGCCCGGCCGGAGAACCCGCCGGCGUCUAAAUCGGCCAUCGAAUCGAUGCCCACGAUAGAAAUCGCGUCCACCCAUGUAAGCUCAGAGACUCACUGUGCCGUCUGUAAAGAAGCGUUUGAAUUGGGUUCCGAAGCUCGGGAAAUGCCGUGCAACCAUAUUUACCAUUCCGACUGUAUCCUUCCCUGGCUAUCUCUUCGUAACUCGUGUCCAGUUUGCCGGCACGAAUUGCCGGCGGAGUCAACGACCGGUUUGGAAUCAGAUUCCGGCGCGGGAGCCAGCCGAGCUGAGGAAGCCGUUGGGCUGACAAUAUGGAGGUUACCAGGUGGUGGGUUCGCAGUGGGGAGAUUCAGCGGUGGCCGGAGAACCGGUACCGGUGCCGGAGGACCCGUAGAAGAGAGAGAACUUCCAGUUGUAUAUACAGAAAUGGACGGAGAUUUCAGUCACGGAAGCGGCGGCAACGCCGCAGGCUUGCCCCGGAGAAUAGUAUGGGGUUCGAGAAGGAGAAACAGUGGCAGAGACGGCGGAAGUAGAAGCGGAGGAAUCGGAAGGAUGUUCAGCAAUUUCUUUUCGCUGUUUAGGAGAAAUAAUAAUGGGUCAAGGGGUCGACUGGAGCACAGCCGGAGUAGCGUUGCGAAUUCGAAUUCGGUUUCCGAUGCCAGUUUCAGUAGAUACACCGGCCGGCGAAGAGCUUGGGUUGUGUAUGAAUCCGACUAAAAAACUGGCUGCUCAGGCGAUAGUUUCUGUUUAAUAUCAGUUACAUUAUUUUCUUGAAGAAAGAUUAAUUUUUGUAAAAAAGAAAGAAGAGAGCCAUUUAUAUUAUUUUUGGAAUGUAAUCUUUGUACAUAUAGGAUAUGGCAAUUAUGCUCUACAACUGAAUCAAAAAAUUUUGUUCCGUCAGUCAUGGGUAGGAAAAUGGAGGACCAAAUGGCAUAUCUUUUUUGUUGAUUCUUUGUUUAUGUAGUAAAUUAAUCUUCUUGAUUAAUUUGUUCAUAUCAAAAGUUUGAAGAUGAAUUUUUUUUUUUUUUUUGAAUUUCAAGAUUCCUUCUUUAUUGUUAUUUGCUGAAGGAUAAGUGAAAUUGCCCUAAUGUAAAGGCAACUACAGAGCAGCCCACAGCAGGAAGAUGAGAUUGAUGGAUGGUCAAUGGCUGAUGGCCACCCAAUUGAAUGCAUGAUUCUCCUAUGCCUAAAAAUAAUUGAGAGGUUUUUGCUGUAUAUCAGUGCUGCAUUUUUGGAUGCUAUAAUUUUAAGUUGCCUAACUACUAACUAGGGGUCUCUCUCACUCUGUGUUUAGCCUCUUUUCUUUUCUUGUAUUGGUAAUUGUAACGAAAAUCAUGAAAUCACGAAAUCCCUGUUCUGUUUUUCUAAUUAGAGAAGAUUGAGAUCUUGCAGUACAAAAAAACAUGUGCA